AAGACAAAUCCAUGAUGGAAAUUUAGAAACAUUAUUGCUUUGGCAAACGUUCUAAUUUCUCUUAUCCACACACACCACACAACUCGGACCACCUCCUCCUUUCUUCCCACAUCAUCUCAUCCCUUCCCAAUGGCCUUCACCGUAGCCACUUCCAUUAGUGGCAGCGGCGGCGCCAGAAUCCUAUGCAAUACCUCCCUCCCUCACCCUCCUCACCUCACCUUCCGCAUAACACCAUCAGCUACCGCAACUAAAAGAUGUAGAGGGAGCCUUCACUUGGUUUCGGCAACCAAGAAAUUUUCCCCUCGUUCUGGCAAAGGCCGACGUGGCAGCACCACAACCAAGGAUCAGGAUCAGGACCCGCAACCGACCGGUGAGAUUGAAGACUCAGCCGUUGACGAUGUCAACGACGGUUACUUCUUGCCGGAUCUACCGGGAGAGGAGAAGGACUUCUGGGAAGGGCCUCAGUGGGACUGGCUUGGCUUCUUUGUUGAGUAUUUGUGGGCUUUCGGCGUUGUUUUUGCGUUAGUUGCUUGUGGGAUUGCUGUGGCAACCUACAAUGAAGGAGCAACAGAUUUCAAAGAGACUCCUGCAUACAAGGAAUCUGUUCAGUCUAGAGAACUUUUAGAAGGACCUGAGGCAUCUGACUCCGACAUAUUUGAAUCCAAUCCAACAGAAGUGGCUCCAAGUUUGAACUAGUACAUUCAUAUAUACUGGCUGCAAACAAUAAUGCUUUUAUUCACAUGGGUUUAAGAACUCAAACUGCCUAUAAUCUUUUGUAAGAAUAUCAAUUCUAAGACAAAUCAAAUUCAGUC